AUGUCGAUAAAGAGGAAUGCCCGGCAUUCCAUUGUGGAGGAUGUGCCUAUCCCGAGGCCACUCCUGGCAACGGCCAAGUUCGACUCGCCUUGGGAACAGACGAAAUGGGAGAAGAGUCUUCCUAGAAACGACCGUGUUCCAUAUAAUCAUGCUGCUGCAGCAAGCCAGAAGCAACAUGGAGGUCUGAAUAGAUCUUUCAGUCUCUCUACUCGGAGAGUUCAAAGGCCUGCUCCCGUAUCGCGGCCUCAAACUAAUCCUCCCGAAUUACAAGUAUGGGAGGAAAUCGGAACACCUACCCUCUUAGCGCCGCGUGUGCAAUCUCCUUCAAGACUCUCUGAAAAGGAACCAAUUACACCGAUCAAAAAUGCAGCCCUCAGCCCGACGCAACUCAGCAGGUCUAGCUCACGCACUCAGCAUAGUCGCCAGAGUAGUAUGCACGAAGCCUACGAAAAAGCCAAAGCAAGAGGUGUAGCUUUGCAUCGCAAGUAUUGGGUGCGAGUUUUGUUCGAAUAUGCCAUUUACGUUGUUCUCAUUCUAUUCGUUUACUUUGUCUUGAUUGGCAUGCCACUUUGGAAAGGUGCCGUUUGGUGGCUAUAUUGGGUUGUCGCCCAUAAGUUUGUUAUCCAGGGAGGAUAUGCCAUUACAAUUGGUCUUGCCGCACUAUACGCUUUCCUUCCUCUUUUGAUUUUGUUUGAAAAGGACCCUCCGCAGAAAGACGAGAUGUCAGAAGUGGAUCUCGAGAAAAGUGCGGAAAACGCUAAAACAACUGCUCUACUGAUUCCAUGCUAUAAAUCUGCCAAUAUCAUUGGCCCGACUUUGAAGGCUGCAUUGGAGAUUUUUCCACCGGAGAACAUUUUCGUCAUCGCAAAUGGCAAUUCCGAAACACCACUGGACAACACCGAAGAGGUCUGCCAACCUUACGGAGUCAACCACCUCUGGGUGCCUAUCGGAUCGAAAAUCGUUGCUCAAUUCGCCGGUUGCUACGCUGCAAAGGGCUUUGAAAACGUCCUUCUUAUAGACGACGACUGCGCCUUGCCUCCCAACUUCCCGAUCGUCAGCGAUCGUCUAAAGGGCCAAGUUAAGUGUAUUGGAUAUACCAUCAAGAGUGUCGGGCCCAACUCAUCAAAAGGCACAUACUGUCAGCAAGCGCAGGAUUUGGAGUAUAAAAUGUCCGGUCUCCAGCGAGCCUUCUUUGGUAAACUUGGAAGUGCAACCUUCCCUCACGGUGCUAUUUCAAUUUGGAAUACGGAUUUCUUGAAGCAGACCUUCCACGAGCAUCCUGGAUUUUCCGUUUCCGAGGAUUGGUUCUUUGGCGAUAGUUGUCGCCGGCUUGGAGGACGUAUCACUAUGUGUUCGUCGGUAUUUGUGGAGACUGAAACCCCUUCUUCGGUUUUCAUCAGUGGCAGUGGCAGUCGUGGGGGCUUUGGUGAGAUGACUAUCUUCCAGCAGCGAUUCAAGCGUUGGAAUUUCUUCUUUGUCGUUGGCAUGUACUAUGACAUGAAGUAUAUCCUGACCAGCUGGAAGCUGGGAUGGUGGGAAAUUGGAGCAAAGCUUGCCGUUUUCCAAGAGGUCUAUGAGACUCUCAUCUACCUCCUCGCGCCAUUCAUGCUUCCCAUCUCAUUUAUCGUCCGCCCCGCAUUCAGCGGCAUGCUCCUCGGUGUCACCAUCGGCAUGUACAUCAUCAACGUCAUAAUCUUCAACGAAAUCCACCUCCGUCUGAAGAAAGAGCGCAUCGACUGGAUUGUCAUGAUCUUCUACUACACCUUCUACAAGAUCGCCCUCACAUUCAUCAACGUGUUCAGCUGCUACUGGUCGCUGUACAAGUACGCUCGUUAUUUCGCCAAGCGCCACCCCAAGGUCAUCGAGGAUCAACAGGCGAUCGAGGUUGUGCUCAGCUUGGAGCAAGAUACCGACUCGGACUUUGAAGAAAUGACUUUGCGUGUGGCUGCUCCGGGUGUGGACUCGACGCGUCCGGCAUCUAAGCGAUUGACAUUGACGAGAGUUGAGCCUGAGUAUCCACAGCGGAGGUGGCCAUUGACUGAUGAUACGACUACUUCAUAUCCACGCGACUCGUGGAAUAAACGCAUGUCUUGGAUUUAA